AUACAGCUGAGUGUUGGAAGUUGACCUUUCUCAGUAUGUCUACACAUUCUGGCCAUGGCAACCAAACUCUGCCUUAUAUCUGGGGCUGGUCUUGUGCAGGAGUUUCUUGUCUCUCCUCCAAUGGCAGCAGAACUUUGGAAAACUGUACACUUGUCUCCAUCCUCACCAUGCUCUGAAAAUGAACCUGCUUGCUCGAGCCUGGUUGUGAACGGGUCAGAGGCCACAAAAGCGCUCUCAACAGAAGUCUACGGGAUGUCAUGGCAGGAGCUUCGCUCUCCAGCUCUAUGAAAGUGCAUUUCACAUAAAGGUACUUUCUCAUCCCAGAACUUCAGUGCCCUGAAAUCUGAGGAUUCCAUCAAGAUAAUAUGAUAGGAACCUUCAGUGAUUUGGAGCCAUAUCCUACUUAGACUAAUGCAGGCCUUCCAGAUUUCCUGAAAGCUUGGUACAACAGCACACAUUGUAACAGGCACAGGCAAUAAUGCCAUCUUUGCCUCAAGAAAGAGUUAUUCAGGGACCUUCUCCCCUGGAUCUGAAUACAGAAUUGCCUUAUCAAAGCACAAUGAAAAGGAAAGUCAGAAAGAAGAAAAAGAAGGGAACCAUCACAGCAAAUGUUGCUGGAACAAAGUUUGAAAUUGUUCGCUUAGUAAUAGAUGAAAUGGGAUUUAUGAAAACUCCAGAUGAGGAUGAAACAAGUAACCUUAUAUGGUGUGAUUCUGCGGUUCAGCAGGAGAAGAUUGCAGAGCUGCAAAAUUACCAGAGGAUCAACCAUUUUCCAGGAAUGGGGGAGAUCUGUAGAAAGGAUUUCUUAGCAAGAAAUAUGACUAAAAUGAUCAAGUCCCGGCCUUUGGAUUAUACCUUUGUUCCUCGAACAUGGAUAUUCCCUGCUGAAUAUACACAGUUCCAGAACUAUAUGAAAGAAUUGAAGAAAAAAAGAAAGCAGAAAACUUUUAUAGUAAAACCAGCUAAUGGUGCAAUGGGUCAUGGAAUUUCUUUGAUAAGAAAUGGUGACAAACUUCCAUCUCAGGAUCAUUUGAUUGUUCAAGAAUACAUUGAAAAGCCUUUCCUAAUGGAAGGCUACAAGUUUGACUUACGAAUUUAUAUUCUGGUAACAUCGUGUGAUCCACUGAAAAUAUUUCUGUACCAUGAUGGGCUUGUGCGAAUGGGAACAGAGAAAUACAUUCCACCUAAUGAGUCUAAUUUGACCCAGUUAUACAUGCAUCUAACAAACUACUCUGUGAACAAGCACAAUGAGCGUUUUGAAAGGGAUGAGACUGAAAAUAAAGGCAGCAAACGUUCCAUCAAGUGGUUUACAGAAUUCCUACAAGCAAAUCAACAUGAUGUUGCUAAGUUUUGGAGUGAUAUUUCAGAAUUGGUUGUAAAGACUUUGAUUGUAGCAGAACCUCAUGUCCUGCAUGCCUAUCGAAUGUGCAGACCUGGCCAACCUCCAGGAAGUGAAAGUGUCUGUUUCGAAGUCCUGGGAUUUGAUAUUUUGUUGGACAGAAAACUAAAGCCAUGGCUUCUGGAGAUUAAUCGAGCUCCAAGCUUUGGAACUGAUCAGAAAAUAGACUAUGAUGUAAAAAGAGGGGUGCUGCUAAAUGCACUGAAGCUACUAAACAUCAGGACCAGUGAUAAAAGGAGAAACUUGGCCAAACAAAAAGCUGAGGCUCAAAGGAGGCUUUAUGGUCAAAAUUCAAUAAAAAGGCUCUUACCAGGUUCCUCAGACUGGGAACAGCAGAGACAUCAGUUAGAGAGGCGGAAAGAAGAGUUGAAAGAGAGACUCGCUCAAGUACGAAAGCAGAUUUUAAAAGAAGAACAUGAAAAUCGGCAUAUGGGAAAUUAUAGACGAAUUUAUCCUCCUGAAGAUAAAACUCUGCUUGAAAAGUAUGAAAAUUUGUUGGCUGUUGCCUUUCAGACCUUCCUUUCAGGAAGAGCAGCUUCAUUCCAGCGAGAGCUGAAUAAUCCUUUGAAAAGAAUGAAGGAGGAAGAUAUUUUGGACCUUCUGGAACAAUGUGAAAUUGAUGAUGAAAAAUUGAUGGGCAAAACUUCCAAGCUUCGAGGACCAAAGCCUCUGUCUUCCAUGCCUGAGAGCUCUGAGGUAAUGAGAAGACAGAAAUACUACAGCAGUGACAGCAGUUAUGACAGUAGCAGCAGCUCUUCAGAAUCUGAUGAAAAUGAGAAAGAAGAGUACCAAAAUAAGAAAAGAGAAAAGCAAGUUAUGUAUAACCUUAAACAGUCCAACAACUACAAAUUAAUUCAACAAUCCAGCUCCAUUAGGCGUUCAGUCAGUUGCCCUCGGUCCAUCUCUUCUCAGUCACCUUCCAGUGUGGACAACCGCCCCUUUUCUGCUCAACAAAUGAUAGCAGCAUCCCGGCCAACUUCAGGGUCUCGGUCACAUUCUUUAAAUCGUGCUUCCUCCUACAUGAGGCAUCUGCCUCACACUAAUGAUGCCAGCUCUCCUAACUCUCAGAUGAGUGAGUCUUUGCGGCAACUGAGAACAAAGGAACAAGAAGAUGAUCUAACAAGUCAGACCUUAUUUGUCCUCAAGGACAUGAAGAUCCGGUUUCCGGGAAAAUCAGAUGCAGAAUCAUUACUUCUGAUAGAAGAUAUCAUUGAUAACUGGAAGUAUCACAAAACAAAAGUGGCUUCAUAUUGGCUCAUAAAAUUGGACUCUGUAAAACAACGAAAAGUUUUGGACAUAGUAAAAACAAGUAUUCGAACAAUUCUUCCACGCAUCUGGAAGGUACCUGAUGCUGAGGAAGUAAGUUUAUAUCGAAUUUUCAACCGGGUUUUUAAUCGCUUACUCUGGAGUCAUGGCCAAGGACUGUGGAACUGUUUCUGUGAUUCAGGAUCCUCUUGGGAGAGUAUUUUCAGUAAAAGCCCGGAGGUGGUGACUCCUUUGCAGCUCCAAUGUUGCCAGCGCCUGGUUGAACUUUGUAAACAGUGCCUGCUAGUGGUUUACAAAUAUGCAACUGACUCAAGAGGAUCACUCUCAGGCAUUGGUACUGAUUGGGGUAAUUCCAGGUUAUUACCAGGAAGUACACAAUUCUUCAUGAGAACACCAACUUACACCUUGAAAUACAGUUCACCUGGAAUGACUCGCUCCAAUGUUUUGUUUACAUCCCGAUAUGGCCAUUUGUGAAACAGAAAGGAAGAUUGCCAUGGAUUAUGCAUAAUACCAAUUCAUUUUUCCCCUCCAAUUUAAACAUGCAAAGAACGUGACCAUUAAGUGCUGUUUUAUGUAUAUAUGACAUAUAUGUUUGAAAAUAUAUACACGUGCACUCAAAUAACACAUAUAUAUUUAUUAUAAUAUAUGAAAGAAGAGUUACAGAAAACUGGAUAUAAGACUUAACAUUUCUGGAAAUGUAAUAAACCAUGUUAAACUGUUUACACAAAUAUGUGAAUGUCGAGAAUUUGCUAGGUUUAUAAUUAAAACCUUCCUACUAGAAAUGUUAUUUUUGCUGCAGAGUAUAUAAAACAGAAUUGAUCUUGAAGAUCCCAUUUCAGUGUUAAAUUAUUUUCUAGAUAAUACAUCUUUUGACUUGAAAAAACAUUAUUAGUAUAAUACCUUAUUAAUUCUCUUAUAUAUAUAGUAGCCAUUUAAAAUGAAAAACAAAGCUAGAAACCUGGUGUUGCUUGAUGAUAGGAUUAAAUAUAAAACGGGUUUGUCAUUACUGUAGCACACUGCAGAGUACUAUAAAAAUCUCAACCUGAUUUUCCCGAUAUUUUUAUUCCUCUAUGUGGAAAUGUAGCUGCUUGUGAUAAUGUACAUUUUCAGUAAGGCUUUGGUAAGAUCAUGUAAUGAUCUAAAAUGGAAGACAAUCCAGUGGGUUAAAAGUAAACAAAGCAUAAACUAGCUUUUUUUUCCUACUUUUCAUUGGGAGUCACAUAGAGGAACAGAAAAUGAUGGUAAUAACAAAAUCUUUCCAUCUGAUUUUUGUAUCUCAUACUACUCACUUUUAUUUGGAAAACAUAUCUCCAGUGGGUACAUAUGGUCAGAUACAAUUUCUUCUGUUCUUCAGAAGUAGAAGAGUUGACAUUUCAAACUAAUUUUGGUAUUAGGGGAUAAUGUCUCACACUUAUAAGUCUCUUAAUGUUGAGACAAACAUAUUGCAAAGUCUAAUAUAAAGUGUCACAUUGCAGCAUAGAAAAUAAAUAAUUGCAAACAGAAGAUUCUGAUUACUAGAUAUUAUUAGUCAUGGGUGUACCCUUGAGAAUUUUCUAAAAUCAAAAUAGAGUAUGAAGUUUUCUUUGUAUCUAAAGUUAUGCAUACAUUUCAUAGCAGUUUACUUCCUUAACAGUUUCAAAAGCAAUGAGUGAGCUUUCAGUUUCCCAUAAAAAUAUAAACAGCACUGUCAUUGACAUGGAAAUCCUUAUAAGUUGCAAUAUUCAUCUUUUAGAAGUUUGUUUACACUUCUCCCAACAGUCUUAUUUUCUCACAGAUGCUAAUUAUUGGCAAAAUUUAGGAAUGUCUUACCUUUUAUUAUCCUAGAAACUAUUUCCAGUAAGUCAAGAAAUGGCCCCAAAGUGGGAAAACUGAGAAGCAAACUAUCCUAGUUUAAUUCGCAAAUGGAUAACUGGCAGUCUAAAGUUGUAAGUUAGAUAUAUUUUGCUUUUAAAGCCAUAUUCUAAGGCUGUGAUAGGCUAACAUGGGUUUUUCCUUAAAUUAUCCCUAGUUGAUUCUUUAUGACUACCUACAUCCAUGUUCCAAUAGAUACUUUUCCUUGCUAAAUGCAUCCCGAAGAAGAAUUUGUUACUGUCUUUGGGGAAAAAGAGGAUAAGGAUGUCAGGAUAAAGGAAAUUACAGUAUAACUCUGAGUGUGACUACAUUUUGUGAAUUCUUAAAUAUCUUAUAGAUUUCUUAGAAUAAAUAAUGCAAAAAUUGGGAUAUUCAAAAUCAUUGUAAGAGUGAUCAGCAAGUAGGUCUUUUCAUGAAGUAUUUUUAAUAAUUUUUCUUUUAAAUUCAUGAUUUGUCCAUGAAUGAGAUAUAAUUUCAAGUGUCUGGUAUAUGAUAUCAACCCAGUUUUUUGGUCACUAACUUGCAUUAAUUUAAAUCAAAAUGGUUAGUAUGCCAGAGUGGGUGCUUUGGGACUUCUGUCUUUAGUAAUAAAAGAGUGAAGUUUUUAUUUAAGACAAAAAAGAACAUGGGGAUGAACCCUCUCCCUCUAGAAAACACACACACACACACACACACACACACACACACACACUUAAGAACCUUUUAAAAAAAAGUUAAAAUGUGUGAAACUACUCAACUAAUGAACAAAUUUCAUUCCUCUAGCUAUUUAGACCUGGCUUUUUUGAGCACUAGAAUUUUCUUGCUCACAUUUGCAUAUUUAUAUCGAUCUAGUUUGAUGUGAUAAAGUUGUGAAUAAAAGCCAUGUGCUCAUUAUUUAUAUAUACUACCUGGUAUGCUGUGGACUAUGGUUGCUAUAGUGCUUAUUCCCUAAUGAGAAACUAAGAAGAGAAGAUACAGUAGUAAACCAUGAAAGUCUCUAGAGGCCAUAGAAAUGUUUUAGAGGUAUAAAAUAUUCCUUAGUUUUUAUUAUAAAUUUUUUAUUCAUAGGGUGAAAACAUAUCAAUAUAAAUGAUAGUACGGGUCUGAUUCUCUCUCUCUUCCAGGAGAGAAAGUAACUUUAUUUGAAAAACUCCAGAAGUUAUUUAAUAUUACCAGGAGUUUUUAAUAGGGGAUUUGGUUUACUUAAGAUGAAAGUGUAUUUUCUUUCUGUUGUAAAAAAAAACAUAUCCCUACUCAUUCUGUAAAUCUAAGAUCGGAAUGCUCUCCAGAACUGUAUAUGAUUGCAGUGAUUUCCAGAAUUAUAUAAAAAGCAACCUUUAUUUUAAAUUGUCAUCUAUGAACAUGGUAUGAGAUGGCAGAUUUGUUUUCACUUUGAUUAUCCAGCAUUGUAAUUAGUUACCAUUUGCUUUAUGUAAUUUGUUGAAGGAACUAUUAUGAUUCAUAUUAUGUUUUUUACUAGCAACAAAUUUUAUUUUACUAGCAUUUCAUUUAGCUUUUAUGUAUAAAAAUGAAGUUGUAAUAGGAUCAAAUAUGCAGAUAACCUCUGUCAGAUGCAAAGAUUUGUACAGAUUUUUUUCAUGUAUCUGAAUUAGGUCUAAAUACACAAAAACUGCCUACUAAUUUCUCCUCCCUAAAACCAAAUUGAACCAAACUCAGAUAAACAUAAUAACCCAACUUUCUUUUCGUGUAAUAUUUGCAAGCAACUAGAUGAUAGUGGUAUCUAGACUCAGGACUCCAUUCUAAUUCUCUUUUUAAUUUGGAAAGCAUAUGAUUAUAGAAUUUUGUUAUCUAACUUGAAAUUUCACAUUUUAAUAUAGAUUAAUCUAAAUGCUUUCAUCUUUAGCAUGUCAAAGCCAUUCUAUGUAAACAUUGUUUUUAAAUCUAAACAUACAUAUGUCUGACCUUUUCAAAUGUACCAAAAAAUUAAUAGUUGCAUAGACUCUAUUCUAGGUUUCUGCAAAGCACUGAUUCAUUCUUAAAUGUGUUUCCUUUAAAAAAAAUUGCAAAUACCUCGAGAAGAGUGACAGAAAAUACCUUCCUUUUCUGUUCUGUAGUGGUAAUUUACAUUCAGAGUCUUACUUUGCCUGGUCUAGGGGUUAAGCAAUAAAAAGUGUAACUUCAGUUAGUUGUGUUGCUAUGACCUAAUGAUUCUGUAUGUUAGUAAAUUGAACACCAAUAAAAAAUUAAAAAAAAAUGCCAAAAAAAAAUAAAUAAAAAAAAUAAAAUAAAAUAAAAUUUGGCUUUUCUUUUUAGAUUGAGAAGUUUAUGUUUUCAAGUUCUGGAUUAGUUAUCUAAAUAUUUGGGGUUAAUAUUAUUUACAAAUAAAUAAAAAAUUUGGAAAUACAUUUAUGAUCAAAAUUUUAUUCCUUACACUGCUUUUUCUUUCUUCCUUUUUUCCUUCCUUCACCUCUUCCUCUUCUGCUUCACUUUAAGGUCCCUUGAAGUUUUGACCUUUGAUGGACAAAGUCCAGAAAAGAUAAAUCCUGCCUUUUAAAUAUUGGUUUUCCUUGUAUUUUAUGGUGGUGUAUUUUUACCUCAGCAACAAUAAAAUUUAGAUAAAGUAUGUUAUUAGACCAAGUUCAGUUUGUCUGCUGAGAUUUUUAAGAACCAAAAGCAUUAAUUGUCUAGACCAAUUGAACCAAGAUACAUGGCCACGAGUAACAAUCUUGCAACCCCAAAAUGGUGUAUUAAAACUUAUUGCACUCUGAGAUUGCUGCCCUUUUUUGGUGAUUUUUUUUGCUUUGUCAUAAGUGGGCCUAGGUAUAUUGAAAGAAAACCAUUCAGGUAAUACAUUUUGUAUUAACAGGGCUGUAUUAUCUAAGAAGGGCUACAUAAAACUUUUAUUUUAUCCCCACUACUAACUUGAAAACUAUUGGUAAAGUCAUUACACAAUAGACUAAUAUUUUUUAAAUUAGUAAGAAGACUUACCUUGUAAAAGUAAUCAGAUAAUCCUGAUAUUUCUCUUUCAAAGGUUAACAAUGGCACUUCUUGGUCCUGAGCUGGUUGGUUCAUAAAAUUACUACUGUACAUGUUACAAUAUAAACUAUUAAUAGGUUUGUUGAAGAUUCUGGGUUUCAAGAUUAGCUUGAAGGCAAUACAUUUGCUACCAUGAAUCAUGACUCAAAUUAUCCCCAUGUGUUUACUACCUGUGUAUGAAUGCAAAUGUUGUUACAAAAAAUAUGCUUGAAAUGUCAACACAAUGUGCAAUUAAUAUUGCAUUGUCAUGCUUCAGCAUGUGAUAUCUGUAUGGUGAAGUUAUUUCAAUUACUAUAAUAAAAAAUGUUUAACAUAAGAAAGCCACAA